AGCUUGGCUCUGCCCCGCCGCAAGCAGCCCCAGCGGCGCUGCAUCUCUUGCGUUUGCACGCCGGGCUUUGGGAACAUGCGCAUUGCUGGAGCUCAUUCUGCGCUGCCCGGACCGGCGGCUGCUGCUCCUCCUUCUGCCGCCGCCGCCCGCUGCUGUCAUUUUCGCCCCUGCGUGGGGGGCUGUCGCGGGCUGCUCCGCGACUCUCCUGCCGCCGGCGGAGCCGCGCCGCCCCCCUCCGAGUGUUAUUGUUAGUCUGAGUCCCGGGGAGCCCGCGCGCGGCUCGGCGCUGCUCCGGCGCGCGGGGCCAGCAGGGGCUGGCGCUGCCUUUGGAAGUGCGGGUCCCGCCGCGGCUAGCAAGGCGGCAGCCCCCAGCGGCGGUGCGGGGCCCCGGAGGGGGCUGGGGACACCCCUUGAAGUCCUGGAGAUCCUACACUCAAGCUUUGUUUCCCUGUUGGGAGGACCUGCAUGAUAACCUCUGAGGACACUGAUGCCAGAUAGGAGACACCCACUGAAAAAAGAGAAGGUGCUUUCACCACAGAUGCCAGCAUUCUCCAAGGAUUAAUCCCUUCAUCCUUAAGUUACACCAGCUCCUAUUAAUAUCAUGGGACCUGACGGUGGUUUCCUAAGCAGUGGACAACUUCAUGUCAUUGUGUGGGGAAGUUUGGCAGCUGUGACAACACUCUUAUUCCUUACUUUCCUUAUCUUUCUGUGCUCCAGCUGUGACAGGGAAAAGAGGCCAAAACAUCAGAAUGGGGACCAUGAAAAUCUGAUGAAUGUGCCUUCAGAUAAGGAGAUGUUCAGCCAUUCCAUCACAAGUCUGGCUAUAGAUCCUCUUGUCAGCAGUGACCAGAAUGGGGGACUGAGUAAUGGGGAUGUUCUCUCAGAAGACAGCACAACUGCCUGCAUCCAGCCUUAUGAAGAAGUACAAACUUCUGUUUCUGAUCUGUUAGACCAUCAGGACGCUCUGGGAAAGUCGAUAAAAUGUCACCAGAGCCGGGAGCUACCCAGAAUUCCUCCUAACGAUGCCAUGGAAACCAUCCUUUCCCCAAGAAAUAUUGAAAAUGAUCAGGGUCUUGGAAUGGAAGGGCCUUAUGAGGUCUUGAAAGAUAGCUCCUCCCAAGAAAACAUAGUUGAAGACUGCUUGUAUGAAACUGUGAAGGAAAUUAAGGAGGUAAGAGUAGCAGCCAACGCUGAGAGAAGCUGUGGCAGCAAACCAAAGUCUACACCAACAGUUGCUGAAGGUCUGGACCAGAUUCCUGAGCGCAGGACUGAAUCAGCAGAAUAUGCCUCCGUUGACCGAAAUAAAAAAAGUCGGCAAAGUACUAAUUCAGAGAGUCCUCUUGGUAACACUCCAAACAUGGAAGAUGAGGCUCCACCUCCCGUACCUAUGAAAUUCCUUGAUGAAAAUGAGAACGUUCAGGAAAAGGAAGCAGAGGAGAAAGAAGAGGUGACUGAGGGGGCUGGUGAACCUGAUAAGAGGCUUAGUUCGCUGUCUUACAAGUCUCGAGAGGAAGACCCGUCCCUGACAGAAGAUGAUAUUUCAGCUAUGUACUCUUCUGUGAGUAAACCAGGACAGGCCAUCAGAGUGCUGGAUUCUACUUACACUAGUAUUCAAGAAGUUGUACCUCAAAGGUCCCCAUCUAUUUGCAGUGGCCUCUAUGCUAGCGUAAAGGAUUUGGAAAACACCUCAGACAUUACCACUGUGCCUCAGUCAGCGGACAGGCCAAAUGGGGAGUCAGAAUUGGACAACGAAGUUGUCCAGUCAGUAAGCCAAGAGGAAGACAAGACCUUAUCAGUGCCUAACACCAGCCAAGCUAUUCUCCAAGGAGAGAAUGACUAUGAGAGUAUAGGGGACUUGCAGCAAAACUCUAGGGAUAUCUCCAGACUUUAAUUGCCCUGGCAACAAGAUUACGGCAGGUAUUAUCAACAGGUAUUUUCAACAGAUUCAUGUGAAACAAGAACAGGAAUAUUUUUCCUUUUGAACAACAGAAAGUCAAAGUAUAAGUACAGAACAAAAGUUAAAGACAAAGAAGCAAAGCAUUUUUCAUCCAGGCUGCACUAUCUUGCCGGUGGUGUGAACCUUACGAGACCGAUUACAUCAGUUCAGAAUUUAUAUCAAAAGGGUUUAAAGGAUCCUUUAUUGUUAGAGUUGCAAGACAACCAGUAUUUGGGAAAGAGUACCACAUUUGUCACCUCAAAGUGAUCACUUCCUAAAAAUACUGUCAUUAAAGAAAACCAGCUUUACAUUUUUAAAUAUUAUUCCUGUCAUUAGCUUCAAAAUAUUUCUCAAGGAUCGUUUGCCUUCAAUUUUAGCCCUCCUCUUCAAAGAGCAAAUCUCAGAUUAUCUUAGCUCCAUACUUCAACUCAGACUUUCUUUGUGGGGCCAUGAAAAAUGAGUUUAACUUCUCUACAUAGGAGGAGCUCUGUAUUUCAGUAUAUUAGGACUGUGAGCUCUUGCAGCCAGAUGUGAUCAGAGAUGGAGACAGAAUAUUAAUGUAUUCCAUUCCAUUUUCAUUACUGCAGUGGUCUAAACAAAGGUACUUCAGUUCACAAGUGACUUACAUCAAUAGUACUUGAAUUCAUUUUGUAGAGUCCAUGUUUUUUUAAGUCAAGCUUUAAAACUUGACUGUCAGUAUUUAAGGACUGGUAUUUGUAGGGGUUGUUUGUUGCCUUUUUAAAAAUUAUCUGGGAGCAUAUUGCUUUAAAACUAUAGCCUUAACAUUUAGGUUCUGUCUCUCACACACAUUCAGACUUACACACACAGCACUUGGGCACUUGUCAUGUUGCAUCUGAAGGGCUGUGCAAAUGAAUGUCCAGUCCACAUUAACGCAGCAUUGACCUUAUCUUUAAGAAAUCUGCUUCUUUUAAGUUACUCAACUUAGAUGUAAUCAGAUCAAAAUGUAAAAAACAUAUUUUUUUAUCAUGAGAAUUUAUUUACUGAGUGUGGUACGUGGGGGUUGAUAUUUUAAGUUUUAUGCUUACUUCCUAACAAAUUUUCCAUGUUCAAAAAUAUUGUAUAUUAACUUGCCAUUUUAUGUAACAAAAAAAUUAUCCUGAUUUUAAAAACAUUACCUAUUAGUUGUAAUAGCAGCACAUAAAUUAAUACUUUAAUUGUUACUAGGCUUUAUCUGAUUUCUAAGCAGGUAUAUAGAACAUGCCUUGCUGUUUUUUCAAAAAUCAAAAUUAUUCAGUCUCUGUAAAGACUUUUUUAAAAGGCAAAGAGAGAAAAGAAGAGGAUGAGAAAUGUUCGGGGAAAGCCACUGGUGCUCACCAUUCCUAUGCUAAAAAGUAAUAGGGAAAGAAAACAGAGAGGGAGGAGAAGAAUCUCUUGGGAUGUGAUGGUAAUUGACCAUUUUGGCAAACAGUUUUAAAACCAGUAUCAUUCCAGAGAUUUCAAGUUACAUGGUUACUAAUAAAAACAAAGGGUAUGGCUUAGAGAGAUUAAAUAGAUAGGUAUUUUGCUGGUUCUUUUGUUUCUUUCAACACACCAUAAUGGGCUAUACUAAGAACACAGGAAAAUGCACCACAUCUGGUGUGUGUGUGUGUGUGUGUGUGUUAUUUUACACACACAAACACAGCUGCAAAAUUUAAAUCCAGAUUUAAACUUCUCCUCCCAAAAUUUGAUAGUGUUCAAAUCCAUGGGCCAUCUCAUCUUUGUAUAUGCAAUAUUAUAUAGUGUAUGUUUGAAAAUGUUUGGUUUUGCUUUAAAAAAAGAAAAGAAAAAAGAUAUGCAUACAUUGAGACUGGCCCACUUAGUGGUAUAAUAGCCUAUAUCUGUUUCAAUUGGUAUUGAGGAAUACUGGUAAUUUUUACCAGGGAUGUAUCAAAUCUAACUGGGUAUUUUCGUAACUCAUGGGCACAGUAAAUACUUGGUCUCAUAAAGCACUACAUACCAAACAUGAAUUUGUUUAAGAACACACAGUUAUAAAAGUGAUUUUUAAACUGUAAGCAGUAAAUUCAUUCAUUAUUAUACAACACACAUUAGAAUUAUUUUGUGAAGCAGUGAUACUUUUCAAUGAAAUCUUGCAGUAUCGGAGCAAUGAAAACUUUCUGGAUCCUGACCUCCCACUCAGUCUGGGACAUUUGGGCUGUGACUUUUCCUGUACAUGCAGAGGCAGUUCAGACUAAGCCAAAAGUAUCUUGGGCCUGGCUCAAAGUCCUCUCAAUACUUUCAUCUUGUACCAGAUUCUCUGCUUCCAGCUCAUUGUUUCUGCCUCUUCCACCUUUCAAAGCUGAUUUUGGGGCAGCAGCAGCCAAAAUCUUUUCCCCCUAUUUUCCCAUUUCCUAUCCUUAAAAAUUUUGGGGGGUGGCACCCUAAACAAGGGCCCCUGCUGAGAUCCUUCUUUGCCUAUUCUUCCCACCCCCAUCACGGCAGCACAGGUCAAAGGUCAAGAGGCAUAGCAUUUGCAAGGAGAUCUUCUCAGGAGCCACACAUGGGGAGAUCUGCCAAGACUACUCCCUAAGGGGCUCACAGUCUGGGUGGCUAGUUGGGACAUUUAUAUCCCUUCACACCAGCUGAGAUUCCUUUGUGGGGGUGGAUCAGCGCUCUUCAACUGUUGGAAGCCAGCAAACAGAACAAUCCUCCCUGAUGAAGGACUCUUCAGGGGCAAGUCCAAAAUUCCCAUUCAACUUCCAGGUCCAAUCCACCUUUAAAGCGAAAUGUGCUAGGGUCCCAUCCCAAGUUCUUACCUGGAUAAUUUAAUCACUCGACAAGGAAUCUGGCAUCUCUUCUCACUCCUUUCCAAGAGUAAAAUCUGGACUCUUAGUGAUGCUUCCACUGCAUUUCCUCUUCAGCUGCAUAUUGGAGGAGGGGAAGCACCAGAGCUUAGCAGCGUCCUUCGGCAGAGAUGUUUCAAACCAGGAUCACAAAAUAGAUUAAUACUAGUAUUGUAAGGCAGAGGGACAUGCUUUGCCUGGCCUUACUUUUCUCUCCCUUUCCAUUAAUUCCUCCAUGCUCACUACAUCCCACAUAUCUCAUAUUAGGGGUGAGGUCAGUAUCCAGAACAUAGAAUUUGCUACCUGAUGAUUUUCUUUCUAGGGCCUGUGCUACACUUAAAAGUUUUGCUGGCAUAGGUAUGUUGGUUAAUAGUGUGAAAAAAAUGACACCCUAAGCAGCAUAGCUGCAUUAGCAAAAGCCCUAGUGGAGAACCCAGCAAAAAUGUCCUUUGGCUGGAAUCACUAAUUUCUUUCAGGGAACUGGUGUAAACUAUGCCAGCAAAUCACUCUCUUUGUCAGUAUAAACUAGUAUCUCACGAUAUAAACUCUCUCCACUAGGAGCGUUUGCUGAUUCAGUUAUACCAGCAAAUCUUUUCUAGUGUAGUCAAGGCCCAAAACUGAUCUCUCCUCCAGCCGCAAAGAUAAAGCCACAGAGUAUCUAUAUCGCAUCCUUAUUGAGACCCAGGUACCUAGUUAUCAAAAUAAUCUAAUCUAUUCAUAAUCUCAUCUAUUGAUUAGUAUUCAGAGUUUCCAUACCACUUUGUAAGUGUUCAUUUAGUACAGAGGUAGAGAAGAUGUGACCAGCCCCUGAAGCCUCUUGGACAAGUUAGAACUGACCCUGCAAUUUGUAGGAAGAGAGGAACACAGACUAAAUGUCUUUGAAAGUCAAAAUGGUUAGUCCCAGGAUGGGAAUAGUCAUGUCACAAUCUUUCCAGAAAAAUAGAUGUUACAACAAAGCCUUGCAAUGAAGAAUUAUUGAUCAUCUUUUGUAAAUCUUUAGUGAUCCAGUGAGUUUCCAGGCCGGGGGCGUUCUGGGUCUACAUCUAUCUAGGAUUAAUAGUUGCUCAUGGUCUUUUGCAUUAAAAUCACUUGUAAACUCGCUCAUAUGUAGCAGGGUUCAUAGUAUUCGAAAAAAAUUGCAGGAGGGAAAUAGGUGCUGUGAUUCAGAUUCUCAUUGGUCACCCAAAGCUGAAAUCUUCCACAGUAGCAGUUGGCUAGGUGUCAACUGCUGCAUCCUUCAGGACAUAAUAUAUUGUGCCUUUAGGAAUCUAUCUUCCAAGGAUUCUUCUGGGCUGUAUACUUUUCCGUGGAUCCCUGCACUGCUCCUGCUGAUAGUCUUGUUAAAAAUUCUGUAUACUUGGUGUUCUCUGUUGUUAAACCUUUCAAUGGUGCUUUUUAAGAUGCUGGAUAAAUGGUUUCAAUGUGUUUUCUCAAAGUUGAAAUGUAAAGCUGUGACAUACAUCAUUCUCUGUUGCAACAUGUGCUUUCCAGAACUUAGCUUUAGCAGUGUUAUUCUAACUGCAAAACUCUCUAACAAUGCUUCCUUUUUUCUCGUCAGCUCACACAGAUUCAAAACGGAGUCCUCACACCUCACAAGCCUAGAUUGGUCAAUCAGUAUUUUAAAUCAGCCAAUCAGAGCCAGUGCCUGGGCUUAGGAUCAGUUGGACAUGUGAAGGUGUGAUCUGUACAUUAUGGGAUUGGAAUAAUAUAUAAAUUGGGCUCAGUUCAGGGACUUACCUCCCACUCCCAAUUCUGUAUAUAUAUUUUACUUUGUAGUCUAUCUAAUGAAAUAUAGUCCUGAAACAUAAAUUCAAUUGGAGUCAAUUCUGAGGUCCUUUCUUUGCCUUUAAACAGGCAAACUCUCAUUUAAUUCAGAUUUAAAUCACUGACUUCAGUUGGAGCAUGCCUCAGUAAGGCUAUUGGACUUUGCCCGAAUGAAGAACUUGGGAUUUAGCUUCUUGCAAAAAUACAAGAAUUCAGAAAGAAUGACUCAGCAUCUCAGGCAAUGGUUUGUUGCACUGUUACAGACCUCAAACCAAACACUGUUCUGGGGGAAAGAAGCUCAACUUUUAUUGACUUGGAUGAGCAUUGCAGCUGUUUACACCUGUGCAAAAGUUGGUCCCUAGUGUCUCUCUGUAGGAUGGUAGUGAUGGAGGACAUUGUGAAGGGAGCUCUCUGUCUGAGGAAAGGCAGGAAGAUAUAUUUCAGCAUCCCUUUCCAGCUAGCCAUAGCUUAUAGUGAUAAAGGAAAUUGGUAGAUUUAUAACACUGAAGAGAUAAAUGGGACAAGGGAGUUCCCACACUCAGAUAAUUAUCUGAAGUCCCUUCCUUGCAGAAUGGAGAGCCCCAUCAGAUAUACCAUUGAAGGGGUCAGUAUAGAAGAACACAUGCUCAUAAUUCUUAUGUUCCCCCCUCAACCUAGAAACAUACAAUAGAUUUAUUUCCUACGUGCCAAUUUUUCAGUAGUGCUAAAGCAUACCACAUGCACUGGGCAUUGCACUUCUCUUGAGGGCUAGUGCAAACAUGAAUGGUGAUUUCUGAUGUGAUCAGUUUCUGAUGUGACCCAGUGAUCAGUUUACAAAACAUAACUGCACAUCUUGCAUAUGUAAACCACUGGUCAGUGUGUAUCACGCAUCUGUCCUCCAUCCACAGAGGACGUGAGUUGGCUACAGUGCCUGGCUGUCUAGUUCAAGCUAUAACAGCUCAUGCUUUUAGCUCUGGAGGGUCCCAGUUCAAACCCUUGCCAAGCUGGCAAUCAUCUCACACAGGCUGACAAAGUGCCUACAGCUAAAGAUAUAAACAGAUCACUGUUUCUGCACAAGAGUUAUUAGGCUGAUCUACUGUACGUGCUGUUGUCCUGCUGUUUACUUUUUAAACUUAUGGCUUUCAGUUAUGUUCUUUUUAUCCUUUUAAUGGUAGUUGCUCACAAGUUUUGUAUAUUUACAAACCCACUGGCUAAUUUUAACAAGCAUGAGUAUAUAUUUGUAAUAGAAAAGAUAAAAGGAGACUCUUUGGUUUAAAGGGUACCUAUGUUCAAAGGGUAGCUGUGUUAUUUCUUCUUGUUUGUAUAAAAAUAACAAACUGUUCAGAUGAUUGGAGGGUACUUAAAGUUGAUUUUGUUUUAAA